AUGAGAAACAACAAAAUUAUGGCUCGUAAGAGCACGAUCAAUCGCAUAGUCAGAUACUUGCUCAUUUUGUUCGGCAUCUGGCCAGAUGUAUCGUGUAUGAUGUUCUGCAGAGUAUUCUGGAGCAUCUCACUCGCGAUUCUUGUAGUUUGCCAUUACCAAUACCUUCUUACACAUCUUGAUUCCAAUGAUUUAUCCGACCUAAUGGAUUGUUUUAGCGCUUUUGUAGGUUACAUAAAACUCAUCUUCAAGUUUAUUGUCUUUUGGUGGAAUGAGCGAGUAUUCAAUCAAAUGUUGAAAAUAAUGGCGGAAGAUUGGAAGGAUUGUGCGAACAGUGAUAUCGAAAUGUGCAAAACAGCUAGCAAGGCAAAAAUAUCUGAUUAUAUUGCCAACGCCAUCAUCACUCUACACACAGUCGCUGUGCUCUUUUACGACAUAGUCAUCAUCCUAACCGACGUCGAUAUUGCCGAUAGUACAAUCGAGAUACCUCAUAUAUACAGCAUGGAAAUUCCGUUUGAUAUAACUUCACAAGUCAUGUAUAAAUUACUGCUAAUUAUGGAAUUGAUUCAUCUGAUAAUGAGCAGCUGGGGAAUGGGUGUUAUAAACUCUUUGCUUUUAACGUUGACCCUACACGUAGGUGAUCAAAUAGAUAUACUGCUCUAUUGGUUGGAACUAGUAUCCGUAAAUAGCGCUGACAAAUACAGAUCGCACAUGAUGGAAAAGAUUAUUCGAAAACAUCAGAAAAUAAUUUAUUUCACCGAGAAUAUCGAGUAUCUAUAUACAUUCAUCGCGUUGAUGCAAUUCGUAACAAACGUUAUGAUGAUCUGCGUAUUAGGAUAUUUAAUUAUAACGGCGUUCGAUAAUCCCGAUGCGAUGGACAAGAUCGUGAGAUCGCUUUCAUUUUACAGCGUAACGAAUCUGGAAGCGUUCAUGUUCUGCUAUGCCGGGGAAUAUCUGAUUAACAAGAGCAAAGCGAUCGGACACGCUGUGUACGACUGCGCCUGGUAUGACAUGGAACCCAAGCACAGUCGAAUUCUGUUGUUUAUUAUAUUAAGAGCGCAGAAGCAAUUUACGCUCACCAUUGGGAAGUUGAUGGAUCUCUCGUUGCAACGCUUUGCGUAUAUUAUGAAUUCCGCCGGUUCAUAUAUCUCAGUAUUAUUAGCGAUGCAAAAAAAACAUCCUCUUGGUUUCCUCCUUGGACAUCCUCUGGUUUUCCCUUCCGUUCACAAAAUCGACGAACUACGCCUACGUUGCACGUGGCACGUAUUCUACUCUACAAUCUAUGUGUAUCUUGAUGUACUCACUAUGCACCCGCGAGUUCGAGUUCUAAUGAGAAACAACAAAGUUACGGCUCGUAAGAGCACGAUCAAUCGCAUGGUCAGAUACUUGCUCAUUUUGUUCGGCAUCUGGCCGGAUGUAUCGUGUAUGAUGUUCUGCAGAAUAUUCUGGGGCAUCUCAUUCGCGAUUGUUGUAGUUUGCCAAUACCGAUACCUUCUUACACAUCUUUAUUCUAAUGAUUUAUCCGACCUAAUGGAUUGUUUUAGCACUUUUGUAGGUUACAUAAAACUCACCUUCAAGUUUAUUGUCUUUUGGUGGAAUGAGCGAAUAUUCAAUCAAAUGUUGAAAAUAAUGGCAGAAGAUUGGAAGAAUUGUGCGAACAAUGAUAUCGAAAUGUGCAAAGCAGCUAGCAAGGCAAAAAUAUCUGAUUAUAUUGCCAACGCGAUUAUCACUCUGCACAUAGUCUCUGUGAUUUUUUACGGCAUGGACAUCAUCCUAACCGAGGUCGAUAUUACCGAUCCUACGAUCGAGAUACCUCACGUGUUCAAAAUGGAAUUUCCGUUUAAUAUAACCUCACAAGUCAUGUAUAAAUUAACGCUAAUUAUUGAAUUGAUACAAGUGAUAUUGAGCAGCUGCGGAAUGGGUGUUAUAAACUCUUUGCUUUUAACGUUGGCUUUCGAUAAUCCUGACGCGAUGGAGAAGAUCGUGAGAUCGCUUUCACUUUACAGCGUAACGAAUCUGGAAGCGUUCAUGUUCUGCUAUGCCGGGGAAUAUCUGAUUAACAAGAGCAAAGCGAUCGGACACGCUGCGUACGAUUGCGCCUGGUAUGACAUGGAACCCAAGCACAGUCGAAUUCUGUUGUUUAUUAUAUUAAGAGCGCAGAAGCAAUUAACGCUCACCAUUGGAAAGUUGAUGGAUCUCUCGUUGCAACGCUUUGCGUAUGUAAGUGUCACUCACAUAUAG